CCAAAGAAGGCGUGGGCAUUUGGUCUUGGGACUCUUCUCAGCAUAUGUCUACUGUUGAGGAUCUCAAAAAGAAGGUUGAAGAAUUACAGGAGCAAAAUAAUGCCCAGCAUCUCUUGAUCAAGAAGCAAGAAUUCGAGAUCAAGCGCUUGUAUCGUUCUAAUCAUGAAGUUGAAAUGUGUCGACUACCAGUUCUGCAUAGGAGGUUGGAUACGCUACAAAACUACUCGAGACAGCUUGAAAGGGAACUUGACGAAGAGCGCAGGCAGGCGAACGUGUUCCAGCAAGAAGUCUUUACCUUGCGUAGUUUAGUCGAAUUCGCUCAUCAUCCAGAGUUGGUGGAUGCUGCACGGGCAGAGGGGCGGUCUUCAAUGCUAGAAAAAGAGUUAAAAUCUAUUCAUCGGCAACUAAAUGAUGCGCGGACUCUGUGCGAGGCGUAUCAGCACCGCUGCGGCAAGGCUUGCGAGGUAGCGGAACGGGUACAGCAGGAGCUAUACCAGACUCAGGAGGAUAAGCGUGUUUUAGAAGACUACUUUACCCAACAGUUGAAUCGUUUUGGGACUUCAAUGAAGGAAAUCAAGGAAUCUAUUGGUGAAAAUUAUGCAAAAAAACUACCGAUGUUUGAAAACAGGACGGGGUCUAAUGUAGGAAUUACUGGAGGUAGAACACAAACCUUUGAUGCAUGCAACGAAAUAGAGCUUGACAUCUCUAUUAGCAGUGGAACAGAAGGAGUUCCACCCGACACGGGAGACGAACCCUCCAUACGAAUAUUAAGUGCCGAUAGUCAUUUCGUCGCGCUCUCUAAUGGAAAAGUCAAUCAGCUAGAACAGCUACCUAAUCAUGCUUAUGAGAAUGAGUUAGCUCCUCAAGGUACAAUAGACGUAUGCCAGAAAGGUCAAAUGCUUAAUAAAGCGAGUUCUUCCGAGCUAAAGAAGCGCGAUGGCUGCUUUCUGAAUUUUGAUAGCACUUUGGAUGAGGAUGCGCGCAAGUGGAAGAGGGCGUUGGGUAUUCUAAAGGGAGAAAACCACUUACUAAUCUGCCGAGUCAAUGAAUUAGUUGAGAAAAAUAAAACGUAUAUCAGGAAUAUUGCUUAUUUGGAAAAGCAAGUGUCUAUGUUGAAUCAUAAGCUGCGCAUUGGGGGAUCAAUAGAGAGUGAUGUUUCUUCUUCUCUAGCAUAG